AUGCAAAGCAUGCAUUUGAAUCUUCACCAUAUGAUGGCCCUCGUGCCACUGAUCCAGUCAGAACAACCUGAAUUUAUUUUUGCAGUUGUUUUCAAAUGUGUCUGGGAGCGCUGUUUUGUUUACUGGCCCGGAAAGGCUUUCGGUAUGCGUUUGGGCAUAUGCAGUCCAGGAUACGGCUCCAUUCUGUUUGUCUUCUUUUUCUCUUUUUCUGGCCUCUACUUGUUUUCCGAUCCCAGGCUCAUUCUCAGCCCGAGUCUCUUCUUUUCUAGAUUCGUGGCUGUGCAAGUUUUGCCGCAGCGUUGGCCAUCAGGCGCGCAUUGGCUCCUGAGACUGACAUAA